AUGCGAGACAAAGUGGCACAAGUUCGACAACAGAUUAGUUCUGAUUUUACACGUGAACAAAUUGAAUUAGCAUUGCUACAUUAUGAAUCAAAUGUUGAAGAUACAAUUGAGGCAUUUAAGAAAAAUGGUGCUAAAGAUGCCUUAAGCGGAUGGACGGAAAUGAAUAAUCGUUCAUCGACAUCUUCACGUCGUGGUGGUGCUAGAACACGAAACAAUAAUCGUCUGGUAGCUUCACCGACAAUCUCAUCAUCUUCUACCUCAUCACAAAUUUCACAUGUCCCUAUGAGACCUUCACAACUUGUUUUAAAUGUAUUUAAUCAGUUUGCGAACAAAACACAACCUGUGACAUCAAUUACAAAUGAUUAUUUUAGUAAUAAUUCACCUGCCACAUUCUCUACAUUAUCAUUACCAUCAUCCUCACUAAUAGACAGAAAUACGCAUGUGAAUGAAACACCAUCGAUUUAUACAAAUAAUAAUAAUAAUACGUAUGAUCAACAACAAUCGUAUCUUUCAUCGUCAACGGAUGUUUCCUUUCACCCUUAUUGUAGUCACGAAUCAAAUAAUUAUGAUGAAACAUUAACUACGGAUGAUUUACAAUCCUCGUUAAAUAACAAGAAUAUGGAAUUUUCUGAUGCCUGUGACGAUUAUUCUUUGAAUAAUCCACACCAAACGGUUGAAGAACAAAACGAUCUUAUUAUGGAUAAUAGUGAUGUGAAUAACAAUAAAGAUACUGAUCAAACUCAAGUCACACGAAAUAGUCAUAACAAUAAACAUCAACUGCAACAACGACGACGACACAGUUUUCGUAAUACAAGAAAUCGUACUGCAUCGUCAUCGUCAAUGAAUCAAAUACAAGAACAGAUACAACAACAAUCAGAAGAUCAAACGUUUGCAUCAGCAGCAGCUACUACCACAGCCACAACAAAUAGUUCAACGCAGCAACAUCAAGAUGUUAACGGGACAGUAGUGAAAACAGCAUCUAAAACAACUCUUAUGAAUAAUAAAAAAGUAUUGGGAAAAUCUAUUAAAGAUUUACAACGUCAAACAUCAACAUUAACAAAUGUUCAAUCAUCAUUUGAUAACGAAAUUAAACAAUCGAUUAAAAAAAUAGAUGAAAUAUUUAAACAAUUAACGGUCAUUAUAAAAGAGCGUGAAGUACAGUUAUAUUUAGAAAUGGAUGAUGUUAAACAACAAGGUUUAAAUUUAAUAAAUCGUCGUCAGCAACGCGCUGCUGAACUACGCGGACGCGUUGAUCGUUGUGAUCGUUUAGAUAACUAUGGUAUAAAUGAUUUACGUAAUGAUAUUAAACAAUUUGUUACAGAUAAAAGAUAUGAUUUGGCUGAUGAACUGAAAACAUUACAUCGUUUCGAAUAUGAUGAAAAUAUCAUUAAUAUAUUGUCAAAUUUUGGAAAAGUACUAAGAAUUGAUAGAAAAGAGAAAGAUCGAACGCGUACGAUUUCGUCACACGAUAAUGCAUCGAAUAAUACACUAGCUAAUGAUGUUAUGGUCAAGGACAGCAAUAAUAAUGAUAUUUCGCAGACGACAGGAACUAUAUCUGUAGGCCAAACGUCAACUCUUUUGGAUAAUGAAGAAGCAUCUGUAAAUACUAUGAACGCUGUAGAAGUAACUCCUAAUGACCAAAACAAUUAUCGAGCACUUUCAACAUCGUCAUCGAAUGAUGUUCAAUCUCCAAUACAACAAAAACCAAACAUGAAUGGAAAACCUCAAAUAAGAGAUCGAGCUACAGCCAUUUAUAUGAAUAAUCAUAAUUAUGUAAAUGGAGAUGAGCAGUAUCAACCACAACACGUACUAGGAGAUCAACAGUCAUAUGCCAAUUCAUCACUCACAAGAUCUCACCAACCGCUUAUGUCUUCGAAAAAUCAUCCGUAUGGAAAUUUUUAUGGGAAUGAGCCUCCAAAUGGAUAUAAGCAACCAAUGAUGGCAUUGUCACGAAAUGGAGUUGCUGCAAUAAAUCGACAACAACAACAGUGGACUAAUGACGUUGAUUCUUAUUAUUAUCCUCAAACAAAUGGAUAUAAUAAUGAUGGCUAUGAAGAAUCAAAUGGUUAUUAUGAAAAUUUAUAUAAUGUAGAUAUGAAUUAUCCGCAGCAAAUAAACAAUCGACGACGGCGAGCUCGUGGUGGAAACACAUUUCAAAGUAGUCAACAAUUACCGUCACCACAAAUGAAUGGCGUCGUGAAUUAUUUUGGACAAGGCACUCCUAACGGUAACCGUCGUCUAAAUGGAAGCGGGCGAAUAACUCAGCCUAACAGUAGCAACAACAGCAACAUAAAGAGAUCAAACACUCCGCAUAAUAUAUCACCCUCAACUUACUCUAAUAAAAAUAUCAAUACUGUAAAUAACAAUCGUCAUUCAAAUAAUAAUGCCAAACAGGUAAAUGAUCGUAAUGGUUAUGUAAAUGAUCAAUCACCACCAAAACAUCCACAUAAUGGUAACAACAGCAAUGAGAUAAAUGGUAAUUUUAGUCAUACGUCUAACGACUAUUCGAAUCACCGACAACAGCAACGAUCUAAUCAAACAUCGACAAAUAUAUCACCCCAACAAUAG